AUCUCUACUUAAAUGAGCAAUUUAGCAAAUGGAAGAGAGAAUGUGCGAAUUUCUGCUUUUUCAGGCCGUCAAAAAUCCAACGAAAUGCCGUGGCCUGAGCCUAAUCCUUUAGAGAAAUUAAACUGGCUCAUACAUUUACAACAUGUUAGGGGUGAAAUUGCACAGUGCAAAAACUUGAUUAAAAAUGAAAUCAAGAGAAGCGGAGGACGAAACGAGUUUGUGUAUUUUAAACAGGGAAUCAUCUUGCGCGAGGAGGGCAAGACGCAAGAAUCCCUCGAGUCGUUCCAAACCUGCAUGAAAUUGAACCCCGAGAAUGCAGAUGCAAUCAAAGAAGUCGGCAAAUGCCUCUUCGAAAUGCGUAGAUUCCGGUUAUCACUUGAGGCUUAUUUGGAAGCUGAAAAAGUAUCAACCUGUCCUGACUGGCAAAUUUAUUACAAUAUAGGACAAUGUCUGAUGAGGCUCGGAGAAACAACUAAAUCAAAGGAAUACGCACACAAAGCUGUCCAAUUGGGGAAACACGAAGCUGCUUAUUCUCUCCUUAUCAAAAUACUUACUUAGGAAGGCGAUUUGAGAAGCGCCAUUUCAGUUUGUAAUGCCGCAAUCGAAUCAUGCCCAGACAGUGUUAAUUUGUUAACCCAAACAGGCCUUUUGUGUUUAAAGUUGGGGCAAACACAGUAUGCAUUCGAGCGAUUGAGUUCAGCUCUAGCUCUAGAUCCAGUUUGUGCAAAAGCUCUACUUGGGAUCGGAUGCAUCACUCAAUCGCACGAUGAGCACGAUGUCGCUUUGACCAAAUAUAAAGUGGCUGUUUCGUACGCACCGAAUUCGGUGGCUCUUUGGAACAACAUAGGACUGUGUUUCUACUCAAAACAAAAAUAUGUCGCGGCUAUAAGCUGCUUGAAGCGGGCCUUGUGGAUAUCGCCAACAAACUGGCGAGUGCUUUUUAACUUGGGUUUAGUUCAUCUUGCCACUUAUCAACCCGCAUCUGCGUUUAACUUCUUAUGUGCCGCUGUCAAUCUUCGACCAGACGUUCCUCAUUCCUUUACAGGAUUAGGAUGUGCUUUACUUGAAUUGAAAGAUGGGGAAAACGCCGAAAGGGCGUUCAAACAGGCCAUGGCUUUGGCGCCGGAAGAUCCGGUCAUCCUCGUUAAUAAUGUCAUCUGUUUGGCGGGGAUGGACCGGAAGGAGGAAGCGCGGGAUUUAUUUCAGAAAGUUAAUGAGAUGUUGCAAGACGGUGUUGUAUCAAAAGAGAUCGUGGCCAUCACGGAGAAAUUGGCAACGAUGUUUGAUGGAGAUGGAAAUGACGAAAGUUAUAAAGAUGGAGAGAGUAAGGAUGAUGUGAAUAACAUUAUCAACGAAACGGACGAACUUGCCACUGGAGACUUAUCGCCUAGGGAACUCGCAGCUGAUGAAGUGUAAACCUAAUGUACCGAAUACUGGGUGAACAACCAAUGUGAAACCAAACUUUUAUUAGUGCAUUUAUAAAGAACUAUCAAAAUAUGAAACUACAUUUUCGGUUAAGUUUGAAAGAUCUUCGUUGUGAGCUGGGACUAUAAGUUUGCAUUGC